AUGAGGAGCACAUCUCUCGACGCCCUCCUGCUCCUCGGCACCGCCCUUGCCCCCGCCGUCUCUGCCGCCGAAUCGGCGCGGCCGCGCGGCGUGGGCCCCGAAUUUGCCAAAUUCUACAAAGAUGCCGAAAAGUUCACCUGCAUCUCCAACCCGGCCAUCACCCUCUCCGCCUCGCAGGUCAACGACGACUACUGCGACUGCCCAGAUGGCUCCGACGAGCCCGGAACCGCCGCAUGCUCGUACCUGUCGCCCAUGUCUCCGCGACACGCUUCGGACCCCAAUGCCGACGACCCCAACAUCACAGUGGCCCUGCCGGGCUUCUACUGCAAGAACAAGGGCCACCUGCCGGGCUACAUCCCCUUUACCGCUGUCAACGAUGGCAUUUGCGACUACGAGCUGUGCUGCGACGGUAGCGAUGAGUGGGAAGGUGUCGGGGGCCUGAAAUGCGAGGACCGCUGCAAGCAGAUCGGUGCCGAGUGGCGCAAGCAGGACGAGGCCCGCCAGAAGUCGCUGGCCGCCGCGAACCAGCGUCGUAAGGAGCUGAUCGCCGAGGCGGGCCGCCUGCGGAAGGAGGUCGAGGACCGCUUGCAGACGCUACACACCGAGAUCGAGGGAUCCGAGAUCAAGGUCAAGAACUUGGAGAAGGAGUUCGCCGAGAUCGAGCAGCAGGAAAAGGCCAAGCUCGCCCAGCGCAGCAAAAAGGGCACCGGCAAGUUCUCUGCACUCGCUGCCGUUGCGAAGCAGCACGUCGAGGAUCUGAAGGAGGCGUUGACGAGAGUACGUGCGGAGCGCGAUGCUAGCCGUGAGAGGGUUGCCGAGCUGGAGCAGAUCCUGUCGACGUUCAAGGAGGAGUACAACCCCAAUUUCAACGAUGAAGGUGUCAAGCGGGCUGUCCAGGCUUGGGAGGAUUAUGCUGCCCGGGAUAAGGGUCCUGACAGUGACGCUGCCCAUGAGCGCGACAUUGACGAGUACCUCAAGCCCGAGAUUGCAGAUCUCAACUGGGACGACUUCGAUGCUGACGAGAGCGGGAGUGACGUUUUGUACAAAUUUGAGGAGCUUCUCCCAGACUCCAUCCGCCCAUGGGUCGACGAAAAGCUUAGGGCUCUGCGCCAAAUCCUUAUCGACAACGGCAUCGUGCCUGAGGAUGAUUCCUCUGCUGCUGCUAGCGAGUCGCAGGUGGUCAAGGACGCCAAGUCACGUCUCACCAGCGCCGAGAACGAUCUCAAGAACCAGAAGAAGGAGCUCGAGAACCACGAGAGCGACCUCACCAAGGACUAUGGUCCGGAUGAGAUAUUCCGCGCGCUCAAGGGCCAGUGCGUCAGCGUUGACUCUGGCGAGUACACGUACGAGUUCUGCUACAUGGACAAGACGUGGCAGAAGCCCAAGAAGCGGGGCGGUAACACCAAUAUGGGCAACUUUGUCCGCAUCGAGACUAUCGUCGUCGACGAGGAUGUCGGACCUGAUGGCAAGGGCUUGGGGUCAGGCGAGCGCAUCGCCCUCAAGUACGAGAACGGUCAGAACUGCUGGAACGGCCCCAACCGGUCCACCACUGUUAUUCUUGCCUGUGCGGAGAAGGACGAGAUCUGGAAGGUUAGGGAGGAGGAGAAGUGCGUGUAUCGCAUGGAAGUCGGCUCGCCGGCUGUUUGCACCCCUGCUCAGAAGCAGAAGAAGUCCGAGGAGCAGCCGCGCGACGAGCUAUGA